AUGGAGCAGGAAGUACCUGACAGCGGCAGGGCACACAAAGCCGUCUCUCUUAUUCUGUCGGAUCAUGUGCGAACUCAGGUUCGGAUAGUGGGUGGUUACAAUGCAGCGCCAAACUCCAUCAAGUACAUUGUGUCUCUGCAGAGCACAAGUGGCCAGCACUUCUGUGGUGGAACGCUAGUUCACAGGUACUGGGUUCUGACUGCAGCGCACUGUAACCUCGGGGCAAGUGAGAUGAUGAUAGUGGCAGGCGACUACAUAUUAAAUGUGUUUGAGGGCACUGAGCAGUACGCUAAACCGCACAGGCUGGUUGCCCAUCCGCUGUACAACAGCAGCACCAACAAUGCUGACAUCAUGCUCAUUAAGUUGCGGGCCCCAAUGGUUUUGAACAAAUUUGUGUCACUGGCGCCUCUUCCCAGGCAGGGAACAGGUAUGGUGGAAGGCCACAUGUGUCGGGUGUCUGGAUGGGGCUACAAUAGUCUGGGUGGAGAUCAGGUCCCAGUCAUGCUCAGGACAGUCAUGGUGCCCAUUGUCUCACCUGCAAGAUGCAACAGCAGCGACUCCUUCAACGGAAACAUCACGGCUAACAUGAUCUGUGCUGGCCACCGGGCUGGAGGAAGAGAUGCAUGCAAGGGAGACUCUGGUGGGCCCCUGGUGUGCAGGGGACAGGUCUACGGCGUGGUCUCGUGGGGAAAUGGGUGCGGGGAUGCAAGGUUUCCUGGAGUCUACACAGCCGUGUCCAGAUUCCGCCGCUGGAUAGAUCAGACCAUCUACGGGUCAUAUCUACGCUGUUUCAGACACAGAUCAAGCAAAAAGAGCAAAUCUUUUUCAUAA